CCUCUCUCUUUCUGACUCCCUCUCUCUCUUUCACUCUCUCUCCAUCUCUCGCUCUCUAUCCAUCUCCAUCAUCUUCUACUUGGUGAAAAGAGAACCAAUCUUGGAAAGAGAAUACCACCUCUCUAUCUCGUCCUCCUCCUCACCCUGCCUCUGGGUUAACGGAUAUACCACUUCACUUUUCUAUCUUUGGUUCCUAGAAAGCUUGAAUCUUGCCAAAAGCUUGUUGCUCUCUUUUUUUUUGUUGUAAUAGGUUUUUUUCUUUCAUUUAUUUUGGCUGAUCCUUUUCUUCUUACCUGCCAUAGAUCUGCUGCUGCCUUUUCUUUCCUUCUUUUUCCUUUUUUUUUUUGAGGUGACCAGCUACAGGUGUGACACCUUAGCCUUUCCUUUGAAGUGAGCCAAACAAGGAGAAGAAGAGGGGGAGAGUAAGAGAAAAAAGCUGUCCUUAAGUCACGCCUUUACUUCAAAACCACCACAAAUUAAGGCAUCAUGUCCACCCCGGUCUCCCCUCCCCCUUCCCUCUCACCGUUGACACUGGCGUCCCCUACAUUGGUGACCUCCCCCGGUGCCUCCCCUCUACCCUCGCCGCUCUCCCCUCCACCCAGAGUGCCCGUGUUCCAGCGGAAGGGAGCGCUCAAACACAAGAGGAUUGUGGAGGUGAAAGACCAUCAGUUCACAGCCCGCUUCUUCAAACAGCCCACCUUCUGCAGCCACUGCACCGACUUCAUAUGGGGCAUUGGCAAACAGGGAUUCCAAUGUCAAGUUUGCAGUUUUGUGGUCCACAAAAGAUGUCAUGAGUUCGUGACCUUCACUUGUCCUGGCUCUGUGGCGGGCCCAAAUCCAGAUGACCUGAAGAGUCGACACACAUUUAAGGUCCAAACUUACUCCAGUCCCACCUUCUGUGAUCACUGCGGCUCGCUGCUGUACGGACUCAUACACCAGGGCAUGAAAUGUACCUGUUGUGACAUGAAUGUCCAUCGACGGUGUGAGACCAGUGUUCCCAGCCUCUGCGGCCAGGACCACACAGAGAAGAGAGGCAGGAUCCACCUGACCAUUAAAGGAGAGUCAGAGGAUGUCUACGUCACAGUACGGGAGGCUCGUAACCUAAUGCCUAUGGAUCCAAACGGCCUUUCAGACCCAUAUGUGAAACUGAAACUUAUUCCAGACCCAAAGAGCCACAGCAAACAGAAAACCAAGACCAUCCGCUCAACACUCAACCCUGUUUGGAACGAAAGUUUCAUCUUCUCAGUGCGAGGUCACCAAUGGGACAGGAGAUUGUCUGUGGAGGUGUGGGACUGGGACCGCACGUCCAGGAAUGACUUCAUGGGAGCGCUGUCAUUUGGAGUGAGCGAGAUCUUCAGGCGUCCCAUCAGCGGUUGGUUCAAACUGCUGGCUCAGGAUGAGGGAGAGUACUACAACAUCCCUGUGCCAGACCCCGACCUGCAGGAGCCGCAGCCAGAUGCUAUAACCCCCUCUUUGCCUCAAGCGAUACCCAUCCCGUUGUCUGAAGGGUUCCCAGUGGCCCUGUCCCCUACCCCUGUGCCAUCCUGCCAACCUAUCCACCAACCGGGCCCAGCCAAAGUAAAAGUGGGCAUCCAUGACUUUAACUUCCUUAUGGUGCUGGGCAAAGGCAGCUUUGGCAAGGUGCUGCUGGCUGAGGAGCGAGGCAGCGAGCGUCUGUUCGCCGUCAAAGUGUUGAAGAAAGACGUUCUCUUUCAGGACGAGGACACGGAGAGCGCCCUGGUGGAGAGGAGGGUUCUAGCGCUUUCCUCUCGCCCUUACUUCCUCACAUCGCUUUACUGCGCUUUCCAAACUGAGGACCGUCUGUAUUAUGUGAUGGAAUAUGUCAACGGCGGAGACCUGAUGUUCCACAUUCAGAUAGUCGGCAAGUUCAAAGAGCCUCACGCAGCGUUUUAUGCAGCAGAGAUAGCUGUCGGCCUCUUCUUCCUCCACAGCAAAGGCAUCAUCUACAGGGAUCUGAAGCUGGAUAACGUGCUGCUUGACAGCGAGGGCCACAUAAAGAUAGCUGAUUUCGGGAUGUGCAGGGAGGGCAUGUUCGAAGGCGAUACCACGCGCACCUUCUGCGGCACCCCCGACUACAUCGCCCCUGAGAUUGUGGCAUAUCAGCCCUAUGAUAAAGCAGUAGACUGGUGGUCCUAUGGAGUACUGCUGUAUGAAAUGCUGGCAGGACAGCCACCGUUUGAUGGUAUAGAUGAGGAGGAGCUGUUUCAGUCCAUCAUGGAGCAGAGCGUCUCGUACCCCAAAAGUCUCUCUCGUGAAGCUGUCGCUAUCUGCAAGGGACUCCUAACGAAGCAUCCUGCCAAGCGUCUAGGUGGAGGAGAAGACGCAGAGAGAGAGAUCAGGGAACAUCCCUUCUUUCGUUGGAUUGACUGGGACCGUCUGGAGAGACUGGAGCUCCAAACACCAUUCAUACCCAGAACUUGCGGGAAAAAUGGUGAAAAUUUCGACAAGUUCUUCACGGCAGCUCCGUCAGUGCUCACUCCCUCAGACCCAGAUAUACUAGCAGCUAUAAACCAGGAGGACUUCGAGGGCUUCUCCUUCCUGAACCCAGACUUUGCCCCCUCGCCUCUCACUGCGGUUUGAAAACGGCUACAACAAGCUCCGCUCCAAGUGCAUCCCAACUACCCUGUUGUCUCCUUAAAUAGUAGUUUUUAUAACAGAAGAAUCUCAACAUGACUAUUAAAGACACAUCUCAUAACCAAAUUCUGUUUACAUGACAAUGCCAAGACACCUUCUUAUUCAUGCACUCUCUUUGAUGUAUGUGUUUAAUCUCGAUAGACACAGAAAGAUGGUAUUAUUCUGUAGAGCUGCAUCCUGAAGUUUUUGUAAGACAUUCCUUAACUUGAUAGAGUGAUUGAAGAGUACUGUAGUAUGCACCUGGUAAAUGAAACUAUUUGCAUGCAAUGUCUGUAGAAUGAAAUGCUCGGAAAACUAGUUUUCUAUAGCGUAGAUGAUCGAAGAAGAUUUCAUGUAUAACCAAUACAGGCAGUGUAUUGAAAACUCUUUCCUUUCUUUUAAAUCCCCCUUUGAAUUCUCCAGAAGUCAGGUUUCUCCUUUUCACUUUGAAGUCACUAGCCGCUCAAACACAUGACUACAAAUGUCUCUUAACAGGUUUAUUCCACUGUAACAUUGAAUUUCUGCACAGUUGAGUGAUUCUGCGUCAAGCAAGUCAGUUAGUAGCCUCUUUUUCCUUUUUGGUUUAGACUAGCAGCUCAGUCAUGUUCCCCUGGCCUGGCCCAACCCCUGGUUUCAAACGUCACACCAGUGACCCCAGAUGACCCGCAGAGAGCCUGAAACAACACGGCCAGCACAGUUACUGUGACAGUUAGUGUAGGCUGCAGUGCUGCCCCCCAAGCUCAGGCCCACUCUGCUACACUAUUAUCACAUUACCGCCGCAGAUCCAGUUGCAUCUUUCUGUUGAUCUGUUACUAUUUUCUACUCAUAACUAUAGUCCAAUAAGCCCACUUUCUGCAGUCUUAGUAAAUGUGCCCCUUUAUUGUAUUUCCUCUGUCUGAAAGACGAGGCUUUUGCCGGAAUGUUGUCAUCUAUGUGAUAUACAAUGAAGCUUUUUUGCUGUGUAAUGACGAAGUCACAGCAUUGAUUCAGGGGUAAUUAAAAGUGAGGCUUACUGGGACUGUUCAAUACAUGGAAAAAAAAAUUGCAGCGCUGUCUUUAAACAUUAUCUGAGCAGUGCAGGUGGCUGCAAACGUCCAGUUUAAUAACCCAUUUCAGUGCUCCUAUCUCACAAACCAGCUGCAGACAUAUGUUUUAAUUUCUUUUAAAGCAUCUUUAUGAUUUGUUUUCUUUAUGGAUUUUUGCUAACCAUAAACUGUUUCCCAUCCAGAAGAGCGAGAUCACAAAUCUCCUUUACAUGUGUGUCACUAGAGCUGUGGCCAACAGUCACUUGUUAGAGCAGUAAGUCUGAGCUGAUGUCACAACACUUCAAUACAAUAGAUAUGCACUCAAUAAAAGAUAAUACAAUAGAGGAUUUAUGCAUUUAUGUAUCUGUUUCUUGAGCUAACUUCCUGUUUUCAUGUGCUGGAGAAAAAAAAAACAAGCAUUGAAAUAAACACUACUGAAAAAAUCAUUAA